GCUUUCAUGUGUACGCACACACGUACCCACACAUCCGCACGCACGGUAGACUGCAAUUAGCAAAGAAAAAGUGAAGCCUGCAAAAAGAAAAAAGAAAGUGGAACUUACUGCCAACGGACAAUACUCGCACUUUCGUAUCAUUUUGGUUAUAUCGUGUCUGGCAGGGCAGUUUCAGCUGUCCCAUUAUAGCUCUCGGCCUUAGCUAACCAACAAUUACUCUUUGCCCACGUUUCGGAAAACGCACCACGAAGAGACGCGCGGCCAGAUCGCGGUAGUUUUUGUACGGAAAAUUACGGUUUUGUUUAUUAACCCUGCGCCGCGGACGUGUGUGUGGUGUGUUGAAUUGGUUCGGUUCUUUGAAGACGUCCGACGUUGGUAGUUUCUAGAGCGCUUUGUUGCCAUUUUGUUUCGCCAAGAGAAACCGAACGAUAGCGCGAAACAUUAACCAUGAACGUGACAACACUGCCUGCCAUUUGCAAAGACCUGGACGGUGAUGACCGAUGGCUGAGUAUCCACAAACGAUUCGUGGCCGAGUGUAAGGAGAAGGACCCGGACGUCAUGUUUAUCGGGGACUGCAUACUGGAAUCGCUGCAGUUUACCGACUACUGGAACCAACAGUUCGUACCGAUGCAUUGCCUUAACUUUAGCAUACGCUCCGACCGCACGCAGAACAUCCUCUGGCGGCUACAGAACGGCGAGCUGGAGAAUGUGCGCCCGAAAGCGAUUGUGCUGCAUGCCGGCACGAACAACAUCGGCGAUACGGCCGAGGAGGUGACCGAAGGCAUCCUGGAGCUGGUGCGAACGAUUCGCCAGAAGCUGCCCGAUGUGUACAUUAUACUUCCGACCUUACUGCCCCGCGGUCAGCAACCGAACGAGCUGCGAGAUAAGAACGGGCAGGUGAACCGGUUGCUGCGCGAACGCUGCUUCGGCAUCAACAAGGUGCAGAUCGUCACCGUCGACAAUGGGCUGAUACAGAGCGACGGCACGAUCAGCCAUCACGAUAUGUUCGACUAUCUAAAUCUGACGAACGUCGGCUGCAAAAAGGUGUUCGAGCCGGUGUGCGAUCUGCUGCAUCAAAUUCUCACCGAAAACGAGCGGGAACGUGAUCUGACGCCUUCGGAAUAGUUGCUACUGGUAGCAUCCGGAGCAAACUUACGCCUUACAAACUAAUCCUUACCAUUGCUCAUCAAUUGAAGGCCACAUUAGAACCAACCCGCGGCUAGAGCGGACUCAUUUGCCUGCCCUUUGAGCACGCGUUGUGGUUUCUUGGUUAGUUUUUGGGUUUCAUGCAUCGUUUCAUACUAUAACAAAAAUCAUGUUUCGUAUUAUACUAUUAAGUUUUGUUUUCUCAUUCUUAACAUACAAAAAAAAACAGCAAAUGAAAACCGAUUACUCAAAGUACGGGAAGUGAAGUUAUCCAAAUGUUAUGUUAAAGAAUUAGCCUCGUUUUGUUUUCGCGCUUGACGCGAAUCCUCUCCAUUGAUUUCAUUUUGUUAGCGAAGGAAGAUAAACAUGCUGGUAGAUUGUCUAUAAUAUCGUUUCUCACGCAUCAAAUAUUGUGCUAGGUCUUAUUAUCGUGCUUAUUUGCAUCAUUAUAAACUUUUUUUUAUUUUAUUUUAUCGUGAUCCAUCAUUUUUAAAAUUAUUUUUGUGAUAUUUGCUACAUUGGUCAUUCCCGAAGCAGCUGUGGUUAGUUGGCUUAGCCUUUUCUUUUUACAUAAAUGGAGAACAAAACAAAAACGAAAUAAGUGUACCAAAAAAUGGAAUGCCUAAAGAUUAAAAAUUGUUUAACAAUAUCCAGAAACAUUACACUGUACCGCACCAAAUCAAACCAAAUCAAAUGAAAAAGCAAAAUCGAGUGCGGUUUGCAGGGAAAAGCAUUUAGCAAAACUUAAUUCUUCUUCUCCACCCUCAAUUAUAUUUAAUUGAUUUAACGAACUUAUGAUUUAUAGAUUGCAAACGAUUAGUUUUACGCUUAUUUUCUUAUAAAAACCGUUUUCUUCUGUGUGUCUUUUUAAUGUAAUAUGUAUAUAAAAAACUGAUUAGGUAUCUUCUUUAUAAGGCGAAUUCCAAAACAAGGAUCAUUAAACGAUCGCACGUGUGAAAUGACCCGCAAAUGCAGCGAUGCAUUAGAGCUAACGUAAUGAUCUCAUCUUACGCAAAACAUUUAAGUAUGCUUUGAUAUAAUGCUACUAAUUUAACGCUAGCCUUUUGAACGCUUGAAUUGAAAUGGAAGGUAUAUCGUGUUUUGUUUUCUUGGUUAGCUCUGUUAACAAUCGAACAGUACGAACAGCGAACCUUCUAGGACCGUUUUCUAUUACGCUGUCCAGCUAAGGAAUUGGAACUUUCAUAAAUCUACAAUUUGUACUUUAUGUUCCUUAAAACGGUUAGAAAGAAGGUAGCUAUGAUUUCGCGAUAUUCCGUUGGGGGAGCUCAUUCAACCAUCUUGCUGACCCCCAGCGGAAAGCAAAAUGGCGACAGCGAUUGUUAAAAAAAAAGCAAUAAAGAAAUGAAUUUACCUUCACUGAAUUGUGGUAAGCUUGGUAAAAAUGCUUGGUAUGCUUGUGUGGAACAAAAAUGGUUUGAAGAAAUAUAAAAUGUAAAUACUA